AGCUCCUGUCACUCGCACUAGGCAGCCAAUGGAGCCGAAAGAUUGAUUCACUUCCUGCUUGGGUCUCACAGAAACUCUCGAGCUUCGCCAGCCUAAUUUGGAAAGCUAGCCCGGCCUCCCGUGCCGCCAUUGGCCGAGUCCGCGGAAGGCCAGGCCGAGACGCGCUGCAAUUGGCCUCGGCGGGUGCCGGUAACUCGCUUUCGCGGCUUUGGCUCCCCUGUACCAUAGAUGUCAAAGGCUGAAGCUGCUCCCUUUGCCACAUUAUAACUAGUAGGGGAUCCUCACCGACCAUGGCCACAGCUGCCUCGAAUCCCUACAGCAUUCUCAGUUCCAGCUCUAUGGUCCAUGCGGACUCUGCGGGAAUGCAGCAGGGGAGUCCUUUCCGAAACCCUCAGAAACUUCUCCAAAGUGAUUACUUGCAGGGAGUUCCUAGCAAUGGGCACCCCCUCGGGCAUCACUGGGUGACCAGUCUGAGCGAUGGAGGCCCAUGGUCUUCCACACUGGCCACCAGCCCCCUGGAACAGCAAGACGUGAAGCCUGGGCGCGAAGACCUACAGUUGGGCGCAAUCAUCCAUCACCGCUCUCCGCACGUCGCCCACCACUCUCCGCACACUAACCACCCGAAUGCUUGGGGGGCGAGCCCGGCUCCGAAUCCGUCCAUCACGUCGAGCAGCCAACCCCUUAACGUGUACUCGCAGCCGGGCUUCACGGUGAGUGGCAUGCUUGAGCACGGCGGGCUCACUCCACCGCCGGCCUCUGCCUCCACGCAGAGCUUACACCCAGUGCUCCGGGAGCCCCCAGACCACGGCGACCUAGGUUCGCACCACUGCCAGGACCACUCGGACGAGGAGACACCAACCUCGGAUGAGUUGGAACAGUUCGCCAAACAGUUCAAACAAAGAAGAAUCAAGUUGGGCUUCACGCAGGCUGACGUGGGGCUGGCGCUGGGCACACUGUACGGCAACGUGUUCUCUCAGACCACCAUCUGCAGGUUCGAGGCCUUACAACUGAGCUUCAAGAACAUGUGCAAGCUGAAGCCGCUGCUGAACAAGUGGCUGGAGGAGGCUGAUUCGUCCACAGGGAGUCCGACCAGCAUUGACAAGAUCGCGGCGCAGGGCCGCAAGCGCAAGAAGCGAACCUCUAUCGAGGUGAGUGUCAAGGGCGUACUGGAGACGCAUUUCCUCAAGUGUCCCAAGCCUGCCGCGCAGGAGAUUUCCUCGCUGGCAGACAGCCUCCAGUUGGAGAAAGAAGUGGUGCGUGUCUGGUUCUGUAAUCGAAGACAGAAAGAGAAAAGAAUGACUCCACCAGGGGAUCAGCAGCCACAUGAGGUUUAUUCGCACACGCACACGGUGAAAACAGACACGUCCUGCCACGAUCUCUGACUGCAGGAAGCGAGGAAGCAACCGGCCGCACUGGGAGCAGCGCGGAUUUCUCUUUCUCUUCCACUCUCUUCCUUUUACUCCAGCUUUUUAAUUGCUAUUUCUCUAGCUCUCCGUCUCUCUCUCUUUUUUGUUGUUCGUUCUUUCUUUUCCCCCUCUCUCCAAUUUUUUUUUUAAAUAGGGGACUCUAACAUAUUAAGAAAGAAAACACACACACGCAUUCAGGCUUCUCAACGCGGAUACACAGUUGCUUUAAACGGUCCAGGCGGGGACCUCAUAUCCCCUGCGCCAGGCAACAGCUCCCUCCAACCUUUUCUGCUGAUCAAUAUAUAUUGUUUACUUUGAGUAAGGUUUUUUGUUGUUUUUGUUUUUGUUUUGUUUUGUUUUUGGUCGCUCCUCUCUAGGAAGAGAA